AUGAAGGGUUCUAACUCUCAAAAGUGGAUUGAUGCCAUGAAUGAAGAGUACAAGUCUAUGCAAGAUAACAAAGUUUGGAAUCUUAUCUCGUUACCUGAAGGUGUGAAGUCCAAUGGUUGCAAAUGGAUGUUUAAAAUCAAGAGGGAUUCAAAUGGUAAUGUGGAAAGAUAUAAGGCUUGUCUUGUGGCUAAAGACUUUACCAAAAAAGAAGGCAUCGAUUUCAAAGAAACUUUUUCUCCAAUUUCAAUGAAAGACUCUUUCAGGACAAUUACGACACUUGUUGCGCAGUUUGAUCUUGAGUUACAUCAGAUGGAUGUUAAACAGCGUUUCUCAAUGGCGACAUUGAUGAGACGAUCUAUAUGUGCGAGUAAGCAUACUUUCCUGGUUUUAUAUGUUGAUGACAUACUGCUUGCCACUAACGAUAUAAGCAUGUUGCACGAAACUAAGAGAUUUUUAUCAAGAAAUUUUGAGAUGAAAGAUCUUGGUGACACUUCUUUUGUAUUAGAGAUCUAG